GGGUUUGCUUUUUAUCUUCUCUUUUUCGUCGUUGCUGUAGAGAUUGAACGAGUAGCUUCUUCGGCUCAUUCGUUGCUGUUCGACUUCGCUCCUUGCACGGCUUUUCCUUCCUGUCGGAUCGAACGUUACAACAUUUUGAUCGGAAGCAACGAAGGGAGCUCGCUCGCUCGCUGUGAAGGUAACUUUCUCCGUUUCGCGCGCUUCUUCGGCCAAAUCCCGUAAAUCCGCCGACUACAGGAUUUAGUAAAUCCGGGAUUUACGGCAAGAAGAGGGAAACGGAGGAUUUACUCCGCCGUGAGAUUAACGGGGCGCACACAUCCCGUUUGGCAGGAUUUAGCAAAAUUCUUGUGAACAGCCCCUUAGGGUUUGCUUUUUAUCUUCUCCAAUGGUAGAGGAGUUUCGAACGAGUUUCUUCUCUCUUCCUUCGACGACGUACCCUUCCUGUCGGAUCGGAAGUCACGAGAGAUAACUUUCUUCCUUCGCCUCCUUCGACGACGACGGGAGCUCGCUGGCUGCAACGGUAACCAUAUUUCUGCCCUUUCGCAAGCUUCUUUGACCAAAUCCCGUAAAUCCGCGUAAACCGCCGAACCAUAGGAUUUAGUAAACAUGGGAUUUAUGGCAAAAAAGGGGAAGCGGAGGAUUUAAUUCGGCGUGAGAUUUAAGUGUCCAUUUUUGCUGUUUAGCAGGAUUUACCGUAAAUCCCGUAACAAAUCCGAUACCAAACAGCGUAAAUCCUGCAUCCAAACAGGCCCCUAACAUUAGCUCUUUCAAUUCUCAGCCCUCACCGACCCCUCCGCCUCUUCUGCCCCGGCGCUGUCGUUGCUUGCCUACUAUUGGCCAUUUCGCCUUCUGCACUGCCACCUUCCAUCUCCUCCUCGCGUCUUCUUUAUCAUCAGCGCCGACGAUCAAUCCUCCUCCUUUGUUCAAUGCAGUAGCUGCACUGCUGGAGCUGACAUCCAUCCUCACCUACAGCAGCCGAGCAUAAUCUCCACCUCACCGUUUAACAGAACUUGGAAAGUCUAUUAGGUAGUCUAUUGGAUGGCGGUAGCUGCUUCUGGGCAGUUAAACCUUGAUGAAUCCCCCUCUUGGGGUUCGCGUGGUGUGGAUUGCUUUGAGAAACUGGAGCAGAUUGGUGAAGGGACUUAUGGACAAGUGUACAUGGCUAAAGAAAUCAGGACUGGAGAAAUUGUAGCGCUUAAGAAAAUUAGGAUGGACAAUGAAAGAGAAGGGUUCCCCAUUACUGCAAUACGAGAAAUAAAAAUCCUAAAGAAGCUGCAGCAUCAGAAUGUCAUCCAACUGAAAGAGAUUGUGACAUCUCCAGGUCCAGAGAAAGAUGAACAAGGAAAGCCAGAUGGGAACAAAUACAAAGGAAGCAUCUAUAUGGUUUUUGAAUAUAUGGAUCAUGAUCUAACUGGCUUGGCAGAUCGUCCGGGUAUGAGAUUCUCUGUACCGCAAAUAAAGUGUUACAUGAGGCAGCUGUUAACUGGACUACAUUAUUGUCACGUUAACCAGGUGCUUCAUCGUGACAUCAAAGGUUCUAAUUUACUGAUUGAUAACGAGGGAAAUCUAAAGCUUGCUGAUUUUGGACUUGCGCGCUCAUUUUCUAGUGAACACAAUGGAAACUUAACUAAUCGUGUAAUAACUCUGUGGUAUAGGCCUCCAGAAUUACUGCUUGGAGCAACGAAGUAUGGUCCAGCUGUAGACAUGUGGUCGGUUGGUUGUAUUUUUGCAGAACUCCUUCAUGGAAAGCCCAUCUUGCCUGGGAAAAAUGAGGCCAGCAACAUAAAACACCUUGGAACCUUUUUCCGUUCUACUGAUCCAACCCUUAUUAAAAAUCAAGUAACCAAAAGUUGGUUAUAUGAUUUAGAAGUCCUGGAGCCGUCGGUAGUUAUGGACAAGCUAUUGGAUGGUUCCUUUUCUCCUUCUUACUCAGAUUCCUCUUGA